CCAAACAUUUAUUCCACUCCAAAUUUUCACUCUACACACCUGAAGCUAGGGAUUUACUUUUUCCUGUCCCCUCAAAACCAUGAAACUAGCGCCUCUUAAUACUGUCGGGAACGCCCACGACGAUUCGGUUUGGACUGCGGCGUGGGUUCCGGCCACCGAGGUCUCACCGCCGCUUCUCCUGACGGGAUCCCUUGACGAGACUGUCCGUCUGUGGGACCCGGAAAGUCCCCAGAAGCUCCAGACUAACACCGGUCACUGCCUCGGCGUGGUCUCCGUGGCCGCCCACCCCUCUGGUAGAAUCGCGGCCUCUGCCUCGAUCGACAGCUUUAUUAGGGUUUUUGAUGUUGCCACAAAUAAUACCAUUGCAACCCUCGAGGCUCCCCCCUCUGAAGUCUGGAAACUGCAGUUCAAUCCCCAGGUAAAACUCGUGCUUGGACGAAGAAGGAAGGGAAAGAAGCAAAAAAAUUGGCGAAAAGUGACAGAAUCCAAAAAAAAUGGGGAUUAAAUUGGCCAUUGAUGGAAGUUGGAGGCCAAGGCAUACAAGUCAAAAAGUGGAGGAUUUGAGAUGCAAUUAUUCAGGGACCAAAGCUGAAAAUUUUCCUAGGUUUUACUAUUAAAAACCAUGCAAAUCCUUGGAGAAGAAGGAGAGGCCGAGAGAAAGAAAAAAAGAGAAAAACGGCUGCUGAUGACUAAUAUACAUACAAACCUACAGCAAGAAGAGAAAUUGGCUGCUGGGAUACAUACAUAAACUUGGGCAGCGGCUGAUACACAUCACACGGCUGAGGGAGGAGAGUUUACCUAGAGAAACUACUACAGCCGGAGGAAAAAAAAACCUAGAGGGUGGGAAGAAGAGAGACGGCUGGAAGGGAGGAAAAACAGAAAGAAAACUGCCUGGUUGUGAAUUAAAACAAGUUGCUAAAUUUACCAAUUCAUACACUAGGUUGGUGGCUGCAACUUUGGAGAUACAAAUCACGCAAUUUGGCGGCGAACUAGGGGGGAGCCGUGGAGGAAAAUUAGAAUAGCUUUUUGGGGAUUAUUGAAGUCGGCUGCAACAGAUUGAAGGGGCCGAAACUUGAGUGGCGAAAUUUCAUAAAGUUGGCCAGCUUUGGGAUUAAUAAUUCGGCCAGCUGCUGGUAGAGAAAUUGGUGGGCUGCAAAGUGACUUAUAUACAUAUAUACUUCCCACAAAACGCAGCUGCUGGGAAGGAAUUUUAUUUUACACAAAUACACGCCCACAGAUUGAGAAAACGGUUGGGAAUAAAUUACAAACCCACACAAAAAAACCAUAUAAAAGGAGGGCUAUUUCUGCUGUAAUAUAUAUACAUACGUGCAUAUUGGCAGCUGGUGGGAAUUGGGAAAAAAAUAAACUACAAAUUGGUGGUUGGCAGAAGGCUUUUGAAAAAGCAGAAUUGUUACACAUGUAUACAGUCGGCAAUUGAAUUGGACAGCAGCUUCAAGGAUAAAUUGGAGUCAAACA